AUUUAUCAACCGUGCCCUUUCAAUCUCUGUAAAACCCUCUUUUCCCCAUCCCAUUUAUUAAAGUUAUUAAACUAUCUUCCAUUUCUCUGAAAUCUGAGAAUUGCAGAACCAGCGAUUCAAAUUCUUAACAAAAUUUGUCAAAAUCAGCGAUCGGCACGCGUAUGAUCGAUCGCUGUAUGCUUGGGAAGAAAGAUGGUGAAGUUGACUUUGAUUGCUCGUGUUACUGAUGGACUUCCUUUAGCCGAGGGGCUGGAUGAUGGUCGUGAUGUUCCAGAUGCAGAUUUCUACAAACAGCAGGUCAAGGCCUUAUUCAAGAACCUGUCAAUGCGCCAAAAUGACGCUUCAAGGAUGUCUAUCGAAACUGGACCUUAUAUCUUCCAUUACAUCAUUGAAGGGCAUGUUUGUUAUCUGACAAUGUGUGAUCGCUCUUAUCCCAAGAAACUUGCCUUUCAAUACCUGGAGGACCUUAAGAAUGAGUUUGAGCGCGUCAAUGGGAGUCAAAUUGAAACUGCCGCUAGACCCUAUGCUUUUAUUAAAUUUGAUACAUUCAUUCAGAAGACGAAGAAACUGUACCAGGAUACAAGAACUCAACGCAAUAUUUCUAAGUUGAAUGAUGAGCUUUACGAAGUUCAUCAGAUAAUGACUCGAAAUGUACAAGAAGUUCUUGGCGUUGGUGAAAAGUUGGACCAGGUCAGUCAGAUGUCUAGCCGUUUGACAUCUGAAUCCCGGAUAUAUGCUGAUAAAGCGAAAGAUUUAAAUCGUCAGGCUUUGAUUCGGAAAUGGGCGCCUGUUGCUAUUGUCCUUGGAGUUGUCAUUCUCCUCUUCUGGGUCAGAACAAAGAUUUGGUAAUGCUUCCAUACAGAUGCAGCUCAGCAACGACAAUACUGUUGAAUGCCUCUUCCUGAUUGUCACCAUCAGACUGUGCACAACCCAGACAACCACCACAGAUUUCAGUUGUCCAGCACGUGUUGCGCCUGCUUUUCAGCUGAUGGUUGCGACUUGAACCAUGUCAGUUUUAUAGUGUAAGACAGAGGAAAGGAACCGUGAUGAACACUGUCUCCAAACUUUGAGAAAUGACAUUAAUUUUGGUUCUCUUUACAUUAUCUUGUUAAUGAACUUCAAAACUUGCUCUCCAAUAGGUUAUUGUAGUUUCGGAGAUGAAGGUAACGACUUUGAGAAUAUACAUCAAAUUACAAAUAAGGCCUCACUGUACUAUUUCCAAUA